AUGACAAAGCACAACAAAAAACGGCCCUCAGUUCCCAGCAAUCCUUCUGGUCCUGACUACGGCAGCGGUCAGGUAACUAGAGGGAUAGAGGGUGCUAAGAAUCCCUGGGUUAACGGACACCGCUGCUUCAAAAAUGUUUUUCUGGCUACAUACAAUGUAAGAACCCUUCUCACGGACGAACGCUACGAAGAGCUUGAGUCAGAGGUGCUCAACAAAAUGAAAUGGGACAUCAUUGGUCUCAGUGAAACAAGGCGAAGAGGUGAACAGCUCAUCAGACUAAAUUCUGGUCAGUUAUUUUACUAUAAGGGACACGACAACAAAUCGCAGGGUGGUGUCGGUUUUAUUAUCAACACCUCCAUGACCAAGUCACUCCAGAAUAUCCGAGCAAUAUCACCACGCGUGAUAUUUGCGACAUUCAAACUCAGCCAGCGGUACUCACUGAAAGUUGUUCAAGUCUAUGCUCCUACAUCGGACAAAAGCGACAAAGAAACGGAGAUCUUCUUCGAAGAAAUCGCCAAAGCUCUCAAGGAUAACCCAGCCCAUUACACGAUGGUAAUUGGUGAUUUCAACGCCAAACUUGGUAGAAAUCAAGACCAUGAAGAAUUCGUUGGGGGUUUUGGACUGGGAACUAGAAAUUACAGGGGCCAGAACUUGGCAAAUUUCCUAGAACAACAGAAGCUGUACGCCAUGAAUACCUUCUUCAAAAAACAGGUACAAAAACUUUGGACCUGGAAGAGCCCAGAUGGUAAAACGAAGAAUCAGAUCGACUACAUUUUGUCAAAUAAUAAACACGUCGUGCAAAAUGUCGAUGUCCUAAACCGGAUAAAUGCAGGAAGUGACCAUCGCAUAGUUAGAGCCCGGAUUGCCAUUGACCUACGUAUGGAGAGAAGACGCCUUGUAGAAACAAUCAAACCUCCAAACGACAAUAUGUUUCUAAUUGGACAAAAGAAAUAUUACCAGGACAAACUUAGUAAAAAAUUGACAGCAGAAGAAACCUGGAAUAUUAACGAUAUCAACAGUCAAUUAGUCGAUGCUAUACAGGAUACAAAACUUGCUGUAGAGGAAGGCUAUUUAACAACGGACCGAGGAAAGAUACUGGAGACCGUAGAGAAAUUCUACACAGAAUUGUAUAGCUCUCGAGUGUCCGAACCAACAUCUUCUACACCUGGUAAAGAUCCAAGAGCAAAAUUAGUGAGACAUCAUACGGAGGAUUUACCGGAAGUAAGUUUGUAUGAGAUCAAGAAUGCGCUGAAACGCAUGAAGAAAGGGAAAUUGCCUGGACUGGAUAAAGUCACAUACGAACACCUCCUGCUGGGUGGGAAGCCAGUGUUAAAACAACUCCAGCUGUUGUUCAACAAAGCACUUUUUGAAGGCAUAACACCAGACACAUGGAAAAAUGCGGUAGUUAUACUUCUACACAAGAAAGGAGAUGUCACCAAUCUUGAUAACUAUCGACCCAUUUCGUUGCUCAGCCAUGUCUAUAAGCUCUUCACUAAGAUAAUAACGUUGCGAGUUACCACGAGGCUAGACGCCGCACAACCAGUGGAACAGGCAGGAUUCAGGAGUGCCUUCUCUACGGUUGACCACAUCCACACAGUCCGCCAAAUAAUGGAAAAGUGUAUAGAAUACAACCAACCCAUCGCAAUGGCCUUUAUCGACUUCGAAAAGGCCUUUGACACGGUAGAACAUUGGGCCGUCAUACACUCUCUCCAAAGAUGCCAGGUAGACUGCAGAUACGUUCAGGCAAUCAAAGAGACGUACCAGGCGGCAACCCUUCAAGUAAAAUUACAUGACCUGACAAAGCCAGUGCCCAUCAAGAGGGGAGUGAGACAGGGGGACACUAUGUCACCCAAGAUGUUCACAGCAUGUUUGGAGGACGUAUUUAAGCUUAUUGAUUGGUCGGAUAGAGGCGUCAACGUAAACGGGGAAUAUCUGUCACAUCUUCGCUUUGCAGAUGACAUCAUUUUGUUUGCUAACAACAGCGAGAAUUUGCAGACUAUGAUAGAAGAGCUGUACUCCGCAUCAAUUAGUGUUGGUCUAAAAAUAAAUAUUUCAAAAAUCAAAAUUAUGUGCCCCGAUUCCGACACUCAAUACCUGGUUGUGGGGGGCCAACGCAUAAUGAGAGUCGAGGAAUACGUCUACUUGGGCCAAACUUUGAGUCUCGAGAAAAAUGGACAAGACCGCGAGAUCAAGCGUCGCAUCCAACUAGGGUGGGGAGCUUUUGGCAAACUGUCCGAUGUACUCAAAGCCAAGAAAGUGCCUCUGAACCUCAAACGCCGAAUAUUCGAACAGUGCGUCCUCCCCGUCAUGAUAUAUGGUGCUGAAACCUGGUCGCUCACCAAACAACUGAUCCAUCGACUUCAAGUUACCCAGAGGGCUAUGGAGAGAGCUAUGUUGGGUAUUUCUCUUCGGGAUAUGGUGCACAAUACCGAGAUCCGCAAGAGAACCAGUCUACGAGACGUAGCCGAAGUCAUAGCUCGAAGGAAGUGGAAAUGGGCAGGCCACAUAAGCCGCACAUCAGAUGGCCGAUGGGGGAGGAAGGUACUAGAAUGGAGGCCAAGAACUGGGCACAGGAACGUGGGGAGGCAGCCGCGAAGAUGGACUGACGACAUCAUUCGGACGGCCGGGAAAGACUGGAUGCGGAAAGCCCAAGACCGCGCUAGUUGGCGAAAUAUGGAAGAGGCCUUUACUCAGCAUUGGGUAGAUGAAGGCUGAAGAAGAAGAAGAAGAAG